UUCAUUCUCACUCGAGUCGACGCCGAUUUGAGAGGGAGGGAGAAAAACUUCAACAACCUGAAGAAAAUCAAACAAUUGCUCUCAGUCUCCUUUGGCGAUCUGCAACAGAAAAUUGUGCUUCUUGUCAAUUUUCAGACUUUGCAUCAAGCAUUGUGAGAUUCGAGUGAAAGUUUUCUUCGCGUUCUGUGGACAGGAGUGAAAAAAUAGUCUGUUGAAGAUCUCUUUCUUCAGCUGUGGAACACCAUUUCAGCAUCCCCGACUAUUAUCAUCAUUGCCUAUUACGAGCAUGGGAAACUUGAUGUGGAGUGCAUGACCAGAUCUUGUUCAUAUCUAUUGAUCAAACUCGCUCUACGGCUUCAAAGGAAAGAUUGGUGUUCCGCAAGGAUCAAUUCCAGCUCCUUACCGCAAAAUCUCCUCAGCAGAUGAUACGACUGUGAGCAAGUUGGAGCGACACAAAUACAAAUAUGAAGCACCAGUAUUUAAGAAGUCUGAUCUUGGCUUGUGCAAUCAUUGGAAACCAUGGAAAAGCAUUUUUGGAUGAUUACUUUGUGGAGUACGAAGAUGACAGCUAUGGGUUUUCACCCAUUCGAGAUUUCUUUACGCCAAGAGAGCGCACAAUUAAGAUGGGGGAUAUGAGACUGACGAAUACGCAGUACAGCAUGUUCUUUGGCCGUCAUCAGCAAAAGCGAUCCGGAGCCUUUGGCGAACAUCUCCGAUGGCCUAAAGGCGACAUUCCCUAUGCGUUUUCCAAGGGCGAUAAAGAACCACUGGACCACGAGAAGGAAGUAAUCUACGAAGGCAUUGAAAUCCUCAACUCUAAGUUACAUGGAUGCAUCAAAAUCAGACCAAAGAACAGCUAUGAUCGCCACUUUGUGACAAUCACCCGAGGGGAAGGUGGAAAGUGUUUCGCUAAUGUGGGAAGGAUAAAAAAGAACCGAAUUAACUUGGACUCCAAAUGCUACCAUAAAUCCGUGGUAAUGCAUGAGUUCAUCCAUGCCAUUGGUUUCUAUCAUGAACAUCAACGGAUUGAUCGGGAUGAUCACAUCGAAAUCCAAUGGGACAACAUCAAAGAUAAACUUCAAUUUGCGUUUAAACAACAAAUCAAUACUGACACAUUUGGCGUGCCCUAUGAUCAUUUAAGCAUCAUGCAUUACACAUGGAGGGCAUUUGCUAAGGACAGGUCCAAGCCCACAAUUGAAUCCAAGCAUCACAGUAUUCCCACAAAGAAAUUGGGUAGCUCUCAUGAGCCUACCGAUUAUGAUGUGAUGAAAAUCAAGAGAAUGUAUGGAUGCGAUGGUGGUUAUGAUGGUUACACUCAUUCCGAUCAACUCAGUCCAAAUUAUGAUUCUGGAUUAGAUUACUCCCAAGGAGUUUUCCAUGAGGAUAAAGAUUACUCUGAUUUUGAUACAUCCGCUUAUGGAGGAAGCCCGAAUGGAGACGAGUACUAUGGUGAAGAAAAUGUCUCGCCCAAUGCUGCUUUUUCAGCGGUGUUUUAUGAUGGAUUCUAUUAGAAGCACAUCAUACGAACCAUUUCCAGUUCGAUCUCGAGGCUGAUUUCCAAGAUCCGAGGAGAACUCAAGAUUGUUUAUUCCUCAGGGACCCGGAAUUUUGCAUUCACAUUGAAGCUCAAGCACCAAGAUCGAGUUCAAUAUCUAGUCAGCAACGUUGACCUUGUUUCCUCACCGUAUUUUCAUUUCUGAAAUACUACCAAAUGUUUUCGUGACUUCUUUGCCAUUAUCGCAAUCGAUUUCAGAAAAUACCCCAUACUGAAGAGUUAGUGCGAUUCAUUCUUCAUGUUUAUUGUGAUGUAUAUGACAUUAGAGUAGAUAUUUCCGGUUCAAAUAUCGUUCGUCUGAUUUGAAUGUCAACAACUUGGGCGAUCAUUCACUCUAGUUCAAUUGAUGGACAAAGAAAUGCAUGUAAAGGUUGUGGCACAGAUGAGCAUUUCAGCUGUCCUCCACUCAAGGUGAAAUUGAUGGGCAUGCCUUUACUUAUUUUGAGUACUUGUUAAGAA